AUGGCACCCCUCCUCGAAAUCGCGGCAUUCAACGCCCCCUCCGCCCUCAGGGCAGCUACUUCCGGUGCCUCCCGCAUCGAGCUCUGCACCUCGCUCCAAGACGGUGGCCUCACACCCUCUCUUGAAACUUAUCAAACCCUCACCAGCUCUCUCCCCUCGUCCACAGGAAACCCCGCAAUCCCAAUCCACAUCAUGAUCCGACCACACCCCCACUCCUUCACUUAUACCGCCUCCGAGCUAGAGAAAAUGUCAGACAGCAUCAGGAUCUUCAGCGAGAAAGGCGCCGCCGCAUUUGUAUUGGGGGUCUUGGAUGGGCGUGGCCUCGUCGACGUCGAGGCUAACAGAACCUUGAUUUCUGCAGCGGCCGGGAGGCCGUGCACGUUCCAUAGGGCGUUUGAUGAGAUUCCGCCGGAGAACAUGGAAGAUCAGCUGGAGAUUCUGAUUGCGUUAGGAUUUGAGGCCGUGCUUACGUCUGGAGGGAAACGGACGGCGUGGGACGGGAGGGAUGUUUUGAGCGGGUUGGUGAGGAGGGCUGAGGGGAGAAUAUGCGUUAUUUUGGGUGGCGGAGUUAGGAGUGAGGGUUUACAGGCACUAAGGGAGGUGGUUUGUAGGAAUGAUAGCGGAGAUCGUCAUGUGGUCUGGCAUUCUAGCGCUAUUUUAGAGGGUGGAGGGGAGAUGUGUAGUGAAGAGGAGGUUAGGAGGUUAAGGCGUGUGCUUGAUUGCUAA